AUGGAGGGAACGAGCUAUGCGUUACGACAGCUAUUAGAUCGUAAAGGAAAGAGCUCGCAGUCAAAGAGGAAUGAAAUGAGAAUCGUGGACUCCGCGGAACGGAGAUCGCACCUCAGCUAUCGCGUUAGACUGUGUUAUGUUUUAUGUUAAUUAAGUAUUUUUGUAAUGAUGAAGCCAACAUUAGCUGCUGGUGGUCGUAAAUAUUUAGAUCCAAGAGUGCUUAAUCCAUGUCUGCGUCCUAAUCCUCCAGAAGGAUGCCAGUCCCCAGGAUCUGCUGGGAAGCCUAAGGAGAAUGUUAAUGAGUAUUUAGCUGGAUGUUCCAAAACUAGCCGGUGUGACCGCCAAGGAUAA